CCAGGCAAAGGGGAACAAGGUGAGCUGCCAGCCAUUGUCCAUGAACCCUCAACCAGAACCUUUGCUCUCCAUCCCAUUCAUCCAUCCACUCACCCAUCCGUCCGCGCCCGUCUAUCUACCCAAUCUAUCCUUCCAUCCCGCAGCGCCCAUCUGCCCGGCGGCGGCGGCAACCACCUGGGCCGGGCUCGGCUGGGCUGGGAGUGAGUGGGAGGGAGACAUGGAGGAGGAGCCCGCUGACCCAGGGCCUCGUCAACUCUAAUAUCUUUUCAUGGACCCCCGCCGCCAUCGCCCGCCUUUAUCAGGCACAGUCUAGACUCUAGACCCUUUUUCGGCUCUCGACACGCCGCGCAGCCUGUCCUUUCUGACUACCCAAGCACGUCCAAGGAAUUUCAUAAAGGACGCCAGCCAUCGCGGGGCUCGACCGACAUCACCAUCACCACCCUCUGUUCUGCUCUUGCAACCGUCUCCGCGCCCCCCUCCUUCAGCGGCAUUGCGACUCCACGCGACGGACGCCGCGGCGUCAGCUCGUAAGACAAACCAACCGUCAUGAAGUGACGCAGACCCCGAGACCCGGUGCAAUGGUCAGGCCCGAUCCAUCGGCCGAGGCGACGAUGAGCUCCGCCGCCACCUCCCCCUCCCCCUCGCCCUCCCCCUCGCGCUCGACUUCGACAGCGGCAGCGGCGUCGACGACAGCCUCGGCCAACCCGCAGCCGGCACGCCAGCGAAAGUGGCAUCCCCGCGUCUUCACCGGCUGCGUCAACUGUCGCCGCCGCCACGUCAAGUGCGACGAGCGCACCCCCUCGUGCUCCAACUGCACGCGCCUGCACCUGGCCUGCAACUUUGACCGCCGCUUUGUCUUCAAGGCCGCCCGUCCCGCCAACAAGGCCCCGCCGGACCAGCCGCAGUGCCCGGGCCAGCCUCAGCAACCACAGCAGCUGCUGCUGCAGUUCACAGAGGACGCCGCGGUUGUUGUUGCGCCCGCCGGCGCUGCCCCCGAUGAGCGCCCCGCCUCCGCCGGCUCUGGCGCUUCAUGUUCCUCAGGGUCCGAGGCCGUCGACGGUGGCGACCUGUCACUGUCCGUGCCGGCCAGCAGCGUCGUCCCCGCGAGAACGGGCAUUCUCAGCUUCGCAGACGCCAGCACCCGGGGCAUCCCGGUCUUCACCACCGGCGGCGUUGUGCCGCCGACCGGCCCUGUCAUGGGCCUCGAGUCGUGCUUCAGGAUCUCCACGCCCGACCCUGCAGCGCACAUCCACAGCUACGAGGACAUGUACUAUCACCACUUCCUCAACACCGUCUCCACCUAUCUCAUCAUCUACGACACGCCGUCCAACUCCAACCCCUAUCGGAUGCUGCCCGCCAUGGUCGGCAACUCGGGCCUCCUGCAGGACACGAUGAGGGCCCUCGGCGCCAUGCACCUCUCCGGCCUUCCCCUGGCCCAGAAUAGGACACUGCAUCGCAAUGCUGCCAUGAACAUGUACAGCAAUGUCGUCACGAGGGUGCGCAGUCUGGUCUCCUCCAGCCACAGCACCCCAAAUCUGGAGCUUCUGGCCACCACGUUGCUGCUCUGCAUGUUCGAAAAGAUGUCUUCGGCUGACUCCAACUGGAAGAUCCACCUCUCAGGGGCCGGGCACAUCUUCAAAACCAUGUACAGCCCGCGCCCAGCGCUGCCCGGCAGCGACGGCUUGGACGGCCUGGCUGUCUCCAACACCCUCCCCCUUCGACGCUUCCUGGUCUCGCUAAUGUCGUACCUGGACCUGGCCGCGUCCUGCGCCACUGGCGAGGCGCCGCUGAUCGCAGGUAACUACUGGGAGACGCUGGGGGGCGGGUGGGAGUACAACCUGGGCGUCCCGAGCUUCGCGACGAGCCGCCAGCCCGCGGACCGUACAAUGGCCCAGCUACGAAAUUCGUGGUCGAGGCUCAUGUCCAUACAGCUUGAAAUCUGUCGCUUCUCUGGCAUGAUUCGAGAUGGGAUGGACGACCUUCAGAAGGAACUCAUGCACAGCGACAUCCAGUACAGGAUCCAAAGCUGGCACGAGAGCGCUCCAGAUGUCUACCUUCGGCUGGAGGGCCUGAAUGAGAUGCCCGCCGACGCUUCGCCAGAAGAGGCUGAGACACUGACAGCGGCAGCCUGCGUCCUGGGCUACGCCCUGGGAGCCAGUGUCUACCUCGAGCGAACCGUGACGAGACGGGUGGGGAGCGCCGCAUUUGACCCCGUCAUCAAGCAAACCGUCGAUCGCAUGUUUGCGCUCAACUUUAAUUUCUCCAGUGGCAUCACCCAGCUCGCCAACCUGUGGGCGUUGCUAACGGCGGGCAUUGCCACGGUAGACCCGGAGCAGCAGAACCGCCUACGCGAGCGGUUAAUGGGAAUGAGGAAUUUUGGUUUCAAGAAUGUGUACAGGGUGCUAGACACGCUGGAGUAUUGCUGGGAGCAUAUGAAGCUCUACGGCGGAGUCGACUAUGACGAGUUCGAGGCCAUGCUCGCUUCCAACUUGGUUCCUUGACGAAAGCGUGCGCGAAUGAAUGGCUCCGCGCAGAUAGCCAAAUGAGGUAAAAUACCAACAUGAAAGGUGAUGCCUG